GCAAAAUUGUAAUUGCAUUUUGAAAUUCAAGCCUCGAAUUUCAUGUCGUAUUUCUAUUAUUUUUUAUUUUUGAAUUGUGAUUUAUCUAUUUAAAUUGUUUUCGUUUAUUGUUUAAUACACCUUCGAAAUGCCUUCAGAGAACAAGGUUAUCACCUCAUGGGCUGACGAGGAUGGUGAAGAUGAUGAAUAUGGUAGUGAAGAAGCUUUACCUGAAACCACAAUAAAAAUUGAUGGCAACGUCAAAAUUAUAACUUCAUUUAAGUAUGAAGACGGUAAAAAAUAUAAAAUUAAAAGUUAUUUUAAAAUUGAACGUGUAAAGGUAUCAAAAGAUAUAUCAAAAAGAAAGAAAUGGCAAAAAUUUGGAUUAGCUUCGGAAGAUCCACCUGGACCUAACCCAGCAAACACCGUCUGUUGUGAAGAUGUCUUCAUGCAAUUCAUAACAAAUAAAGAUGAAGAUCCUGAAAAAGAUGAAAUAAAUCUUUUGAACAAGAAUGUGGUAAGAUGUCGGUAUUGUGAGAUGGACCAUUGGACCCUUAAAUGUCCAUACAAAGACAAGUUUGAGAACCGGGACAAGGAAGGUGCUGAAUCUAGUUUAGCAAUGAAAGAUGAUGAUAAAAAAACUGGUGGAAAAUACAUUCCUCCUGGUCUCCGUGAAGGUGGAAACAAACGUGGUGAUUUCCUGCUCACCAAUAAAUCAAAAGAUGAAGCCAACACUAUCAGAGUCACCAACUUACCUGAAGAAAUUCAAGAUGGCGACAUCAAAGAUUUAUUCGCUCCUUUCGGAAAAAUAGUACGAAUCUUUUUGGCUAAAGACAAGUACACGGGACAAUCUAAAGGAUUCGCGUUCGUUAGUUUUGAUAGAAAGGAAGAUGCUGCUAAGGCAAUCAAACAUGUGAAUGGUUUUGGUUAUGCUAAUCUAAUUUUAAAUGUAGAAUGGGCAAAGCCAUCAAAUAAUUUUACAUUCGAAAUGCCGUCGGAGAACAAGGUUAUCACCUCAUGGGCUGACGAGGAUGGUGAAGAUGAUGAAUAUGGUAGUGAAGAAGCUUUACCUGAAACCACAACAAAAAUUGAUGGCAACGUCAAAAUUAUAACUUCAUUCAAGUAUGAAGACGGUAAAAAAUAUAAAAUUAAAAGUUAUUUCAAAAUUGGCCGGAUAACGGUGUCCAAAGAUAUCUCCAAAAGAAAAAAAUGGUCUAAAUUUGGUUUAGCUUCGGAAGAUCCACCUGGACCUAACCCAGCAAACACCGUCUGCUGUGAGGAUGUCUUCAUCCAAUUUAUCACAAAUAAAGAUGAAGACAUUGAAAAAGAUGAACUAAAUCUUUUGAACAAGAAUGUAGUCCGCUGCCGAUAUUGUGAAAUGGACCAUUGGACCCUUAAAUGUCCAUACAAAGACAAGUUUGAGAACAGAGACAAGGAAGGUGCUGAAUCUAGUUUAGCAGAAAAAGAUGAAAAGAAGAUUGGUGGAAAAUACAUUCCUCCUGGUCUCCGUGAAGGUGGAAACAAACGUGGUGAUUUCCUGCUCACCAAUAAAUCAAAAGAUGAAGCCAACACUAUCAGAGUCACCAACUUACCUGAAGAAAUUCAAGAUGGCGACAUCAAAGAUUUAUUCGCUCCUUUCGGAAAAAUAGUACGAAUCUUUUUGGCUAAAGACAAGUACACGGGACAAUCUAAAGGAUUCGCGUUCGUUAGUUUUGAUAGAAAGGAAGAUGCUGCUAAGGCAAUCAAACAUGUAAAUGGAUUUGGUUAUGCUAAUCUAAUUUUAAAUGUAGAAUGGGCAAAGCCAUCAAAUAAUUGAUAAUAAUAAUCUGAUGAUGAUUAUAAAAAUCCUGUAUCUGACAAAUUGAAUCAAAUAAAUUAACUUAUUUGAAUAAAAUUACUAUUUU